AUGGCUCCCAAGACGAAUGGAGUUGCCAAUGGCAAGGCAGCAAACAGAAAGCGAAAAGACUUGGAAGAAGAGGAGGAAGAGCAGUUGGGAGCGAGCCUAGAUAUGCCUGUGCCUAGCGAUUCGGAGGACGACCAUGACGGCGAGGAGUCUGACGGAGAGGCAGAUGAAUUUCCCGAGAUUGACCCUGCUAGUUCAAGUGAGGAUGAGGGAGAAAAUGAGUCAGAAUCGGAGGAAACAGACCACUCGGAAGACGAGGAGAGCAGCAGCGAUGCCGAGUCCGACGGUCCUAUACCCAUUGGCGGCAAAGUUAUUACCUCUGAAAUUACGGGUCAGCCAAAACGAGUCUAUAACCCCAUUGAACCAGACUAUGACUCGGACUCAUCCACCGAAGAGGAUCCAAACAGAAUAGGCAACGUCCCCGCGCAUUGGUAUGAUGACCUCCCACACAUUGGGUACACUAUCGACGGGAAGAAAGUCCUUCGUCCUGCUCGAGGCGACGAGCUUGACAAAUUCCUGUCGACCGUCGAGGAUCCUUCGUCAUGGACCAGUGCACUCGACAAGUCUACUAUGAAAGAUGUUCAGCUGUCCGCUCAGGAGCUCGAUAUCAUCAGGAGGCUACAAGAGGGCGAAAACCCCGACGCUGGAUACAAUCCGUACGAACCGACCGUUGAAUGGUUCACAGGCAAGGGUAAAGAGGAAAUUAUGCCUCUCAGUGCAAGGCCUGAACCCAAACGACGAUUCGUCCCCAGUAAAUGGGAGAAACAAAAAGUUAUGAAGAUCGUCCGUGCAAUCCGGGCUGGCCGAAUUAUACCCCGAAAACCGACCACCGCGGACUCUGCGCCCCGAUUCUACGAACUCUGGUCCACUCCUGCAGAUGCAGACCAUCAACCGCCCCUACCAGCUCCUAAACCAUCCCUUCCAACAACUGCAGAGUCGUACAAUCCACCCGAAGAGUACCUCCCCACCCCCGAAGAAACGAAAGAAUGGGAAGAAACAGAAAAACAAGACCGCGAACAAAACUUCUUGUCUAAAAAAUACUCGGCCUUGCGCUUGGUUCCUGCUUACCAGCAAUUUGCUCAAGAACGCUUCGAACGACUUUUGGACCUUUAUUUGGCCCCAAGAGUACAGCGUAAAAAGCUAAACAUCGAUCCUAACUCGCUUAUCCCCACGCUGCCGAGCCCCGCAAGCUUGCGGCCAUUCCCUACGCACGAAGCUUCGAGGUCUGAUGUAGCUAAUACACGAGUGCGGUGCGCGGCUGUGAGUCCGGACGGAGCGUGGAUUCUUACAGGCGAUGAGAGUGGGAUUGUGAGGCUAUGGGAGAUGCUCAUUGGGAGAGAAGCCGCCAAGUGGACGUUCGAAGGCAGAAUCGGGGCGGUGGCCUGGUCUCCUCGUACCGACGCGAGCUUCUUUGUCGUUGGAGUGGAGGAUACGAUACAUUAUCUCAUUCCGCCGUUUAUUUCGCCGGCUGUUCACAAAUUUACAUUGUCCUUGCUCAACCCAGCUAAUUUACCACCUCGUCCAGAGAGCUCAUCUCCCUCGCUUAAAUGGACGGUUCCAAACACCAAAACAGCAUCCCAAUAUGUGCUCAGUGUAUUAUUACCAGCCGGAUCAGGUCUCCCAAAACAAAUCGUCUUUCAUCGAAAGGGCGACUAUUUUGCUUCUGUCUCCGGGAACGAAAGUCAGGGUGCAGUCUGGAUACACCAGACGAGCAAACGCCACUCCCAGGCCCCGUUCCGUAAAGUCAAGGGCGCAGUUCAAUGCGUACUGUUUCAUCCCACAAAACCGCAUUUCUUUGUCGCCACCCAAAGAUAUGUUCGCCUGUACGACCUCGCUGCGCAAAAAUUGCUCAAGACGCUUAUGCCGGGUAUUCGUUGGAUAUCAAGCAUGGAUGUCCAUCCUUCCGGGGACCAUAUCGUCGUCGGGGGAUACGACCGCAAGCUUUGCUGGUUCGACCUCGAGCUGAGUUCCAAACCGUAUAAAGUCCUGCGAUACCACUCGCGUGCAAUCCGGUCCCUACGGUUUCACGCAACGCAGCCUCUGUUUGCGUCCGCUAGCGACGACGGCACGGUUCAAGUGUUCCAUGCGCGGGUGUACAAUGAUUUAAUGACGGAUCCAUUAAUCGUGCCGCUCAAAGUGUUGAGGGGACACCGUAUCGUCGACGGGCUGGGUGUCUUGGACAUUGCAUGGGGUCCGCAGUUGGCGUGGUUGGCGAGCGCCGGAGCGGACGGAAGCGUCCGGCUGUGGUGCAACUAA